AUGGCCGCGCUCGCCGCCGUCGCCUCCAACGGGCCGAGCGUUGGCGGGCCCGCCGUUGGAGGCGACGGCCAGGCUGGUGCCUGCUGUCACGGCAGGCCAGGCGCUUGCCGCUUCGUCGACGCGCGGGGCGGCGGCUGCCGCUGGGGCGACGCCUGCCGCUUCUGCCACACCUGCCGGCGCGUGUCCACGUACGACCGGAUCCGCGAGGCCAUCUCCGCCGCGCGGCGCCGCACGUCGGCGGCGCCUCCCCGGCAGGCGGCGCCUCCCCUGCAGGCGGCGGCGCCCUCCUCGCCCUCGGGGUGCCGAAGGCGCGCGUCACUGACGGGGCUGCUGACGACCUGCCAGGAGCUGCUGCUGGAGGGCCCGCUGGGAGCGGCGCUGCCCACCGCGGCGCUGGCGGCGCUGGCGCGCGCGCAGGCGCCCAUCGCGCUGCUGAUGGCCGGCAGCGGCGCCUCGGCCAUUUGGCGCCUGCAGGUGGCGAGGCUCGAGGAGAGCGGCCUAAGCCUGGCGCCGCGGCUGCUCUCCGGGCUGGCGCCGGGAGAGGUGAGGCGCACGGCGCGCGCGCUGUGCCAGCUGCGCUUCAAAGACAGGUGGCACUUGGAGACGCGGGACGAGCUGGACGCCGCGGUGGAGGCGGUAGAGGCCGCCACGGCGGCCGCGGAGCCGUCGCACCAGCUCUUCGCCAUGGCGUGCUGGUACGAGCUCGGCCCCGGCAUCGACGCCGCGACGCUGGUGGGGUCCGUGAGCGAGGAGGCGGCGGCGGGCGAGGAGGCCUCGCCAGAGCUAGUGCGGCAGCACGCCAGGCCACGCCUGCCGGUCUUCCCGCAGCCGGCGGGCGCGCCGCUGGAGCUGCCCGACGGUUGGCGUUUCCGCAUUGUGCCCGCGCUACUGACCCGGCCAUUGCUUGCGCUGAGGCCCAUGGUGGUCGUGUUGCACUCCAGCGCGGACAUGAUGGCGUCGUGCGGGGUGAGCUACGAGGCCCGCCUGUGGUCCGCCUCCCCGCAGCUGUGCGCCUUCGGUGGGCUGGGCCUGCAGGACGAGCGGCCCCUGCUGGCGGCCGAGGCGCUGGAGCUGCUGGCGGCGCCUGCACAGCUGCUGCACGUGGUGGCCUCGGUGCGCUGCUCCAGGAGGUUCUGGGACGUGCCGGUGGCCUAG